AUGGACUUUAUGGCUCAAAUAUUGGCCAUUUCUUGUUCUUCUGUCAAAGGUACGAGUUUGAUUGUCAGAAGGGAAUCACAUAUUUUCCCUAACAUCACGCUCUUCUCCUCCACCUCACUGAACUCGUCGCAUCGGCAGACCCUCUCGACGCCGUUGCAGAAUUCUAUGUCUUGUGAAGAGACUUUAAGUGUUCCAAACAAUAGUGGUAUUGAUUUGUCUGGGGCAUUUGAAUCGCUCUUUGGUUUUGAGUCCUUGGACUCGUCAAAUUCUGAUUUUUCUCAAUCUAUGUCACCUGAGGCUAGUCUUCUUCAAAGGGAAAGUAAACCAGAUCUUAGUAUGCAUGUGCCAUUGUCAAUGCUUGAGAAUUGGUUGUUUGAUGAAGGUGUUGUUCAAGGGAUCAAAGAAGACUUGAUUGACUUUUCAUUUGAUGAAACUGCAGAAUUGUUUUAG